CAACGUACCCCGACAGCGAUACCCAUAGCAAUUGAUUCACCAGACGUAGACGGGCAUCGCAUACAAUCAUGACCGCCUUUAUCGGCGUCUACAGGGCGCUCUACGACUACCCUCCCCAGACUGAGGAGGAACUUGCAAUCGCCGAGAAUGACACCCUUCUCCUCCUCGAGACCUCCGACGAUGAGUGGAUGAAAGUAAAGAAGAAGGUCGAUGGUGAGGAAGAAAACGAGGAGAUUGGUCUCGUUCCGUCCAAUUAUGUCGAGGAGGUCAUUCCGGAAGUCAAGGCAAGGACAUUGUACGACUACGAACGACAAACCGACGAAGAGCUCUCCUUCGCAGAAGACGCUAUCGUCGACGUCUACGAUAAGAAGGACCCAGACUGGUGGCUCGUCCGACUCGGCAGUGAAUACGGCUUCGCGCCAUCAAAUUACCUUGAAGAACAAGCUGACGGCGCAGUUGCCUCACCCCAGCAAAUCUACGUGCCACGGCAAACGUACGAGCCAGAGCCCGCGUAUGAGCCCGAACCUGAGGAAGAGCCAGAGCCGGAGCCGGAACCCGAACCAACAGCGCCCAGGAUGCCAGCGCGGGCAUUCGCUCCACCACCCCAACACGUCGACCGUGAAUCCUUCGCUCCCCGUGCUCCCUCCCCACCACGAGCCCCAUCCCCCCCUCCUCAACCCCCAGUCCUCGCCCUCCCCGCCGCCGGCCCAGCCUCUGUCCCCAAGGCCUCAGCGGCCCCCGCAGCAGCCCCCAUCGGCGGCUCCUUCCAAACCUUUCCCGUCCAAGAAGUCAUCGGCAAGAAAAAAAAGCGAAAGGGCACCCUCGGCAUCGGCAACGCCUCCAUCAUCUUUGGCGUCGACGACGCCAAAACCCCCGUUCGAACCUGGAACAUCACAUCCCUCCUCCGCUACUCCUCCGAGAAAAAGCACGUCUACAUCGAUGUCGUUUCGCCCCCCGAAACAGCCUCUUUCGACUUCCACGCCGGGUCCACUGCGGCUGCGGAGGAGAUUGUCGGGGCGCUCGGCGAUUUGGCGGGAGCUGCACGGGCACCGGGCUUGAGAGAGAUCGCGGAGGCGAUUGGGAGACCGAUGCCGUCUUUACCCGAGGGAAGUGGAUUAGCGCAGAAGAACCGUGAGUCGAUGUACGUCGAUACCCGCAAACGCUACGACUCCGAAGACUCGGACAACGAAUACUCCCCUCCCGCCCGAAAAGUAGAACCACCCUCCCUUUCCGCCUCAGCCGUCGCACAAGCCGCUUCCCGCGCCCCCCGUACGGUCGAGAAACUCGGAAUCGUACUCUAUGACUUUGAAGCCCAAGGUCAGGACGAGGUCUCGGUCCGUGCGGAUACAGAGGUGGUUAUCGUCGAUGACACCAAAUCCGAGGAUUGGUGGAUGAUCCGGGUUGGAAGGAAGGAGGGUGUCGUUCCUGCUUCGUAUGUCGAGCUUGUUAAGGAUGGUGGGCGGAAGAAGAAGGAAGAGAAGAGGGUUCGGAUGGCGGAUGAACCCACCUCCUCUACCCGCGACCGCCGCGUCGAGAGAUCUGAUAGCGGAAACACCAGCAGCAAGGGUAACGGAAAAGAGAAGGAGAAGGAACGCGCGAAGCCCAAUCCUGCGAAUAUGCGUACAUGGACGGACCGUACGGGUACAUUCAAGGUCGACGCAGAGUUCCUGGGCUGUGUGGAUGGCAAGAUCCACCUCUACAAGAUGAACGGUGUCAAAAUCGCCGUUCCAGUUGGUAAGAUGAGCGCGGAGGAUAUCGAGUACGUUGAGCGUACGACAGGCAAGAAUCUCUCCGCUGACAAGCCCGCCUCUGAGCCCGCCAAGAAGGUUUCCGUUCCUCCUGCGCAAGGAAGGCCAACCGGUAGUGACUACGACUGGUUCGAAUUCUUCCUUAACGCGGGUGUGGACCCAACCUCCUCCCAACGCUACGCCCAUAACUUCGAAAAAGACGGCAUGGACGAAUCUAUCCUCGAAGACGUCGGCCCGCAAACCCUCCGCACCCUUGGCCUGAAAGAAGGGGACAUCAUCCGCGUCAUGAAAUCCCUCGACAAGAAGUUCAGUAGAGGAAAACCUGCACGCUCCGUGUCGUUUGGUGGAGCGGAGUUUGUGGGGGCGGAGGAUACGAGUAAGGAUGAGGAUAUGGCGAGGCAGUUGCAGGCGCAGCUUGAUUCUGAAUCCUCGGGCUCUGGAAGUAGGGAUGGGAGUGGAUUGUUUUCGGGGCCUGGUGGGGGUUUGAGGAAUAAUACGAGAAGGGGAAGGCCGGAGGGGACGAAAUCUGCUCCGGAGACGGUUGAUCCGAAUGCGUUCAAGCCGUCGUCCUCGACUGCGACGGUCGAGGCUCCCAGAACUGUUGCGCCGCAGCAGACAGGUAACGCGGUGGGUGGGUUUGAGGAUGAUGCGUGGACCGUCAGACCUAAGCCCGCGGCUGCCGUUGCUCCCCAGGCUACGGGUCAGACUGUCGCUUCUGCCCCGCCAUUCCAGAUACCUGUGUCGAGCCCGCCGAUCGUGGGUGCGGCACAGGAUUUGUCGCUGUUGAGCCAGCCGCUCGUCCCUACUCCGCCGCCGGCACCUGCGCCUGCUGUUAUGGCUGCUCCUCCUGUUCAGCAGAUGCAGCAACAGCCAACGGGUAUGAUGCAACAGCAACCUACUGGUAUGAUGCACCAACCCAUCGCCCAGCCGCAGAUGACGGGUAUGGCACCCCAGUCUACCGGCAUGUCUCUGCCGCCUGUCUCUCAAAUCCCUCAGGCAUACCCACCCCGCGGUCGUCCGGUCGCUCCCCAGCCAACCGGACAGGGCAUGCUCCCUCCUCCACCACCCGUGUCUCGUCAAGUCCAGCAGCCCAUGAUGAGCGGAGGUCAGCCUACCCUGGCCGCGUUGAAUAUGCAGAUGCAGCAGACGCAUUUGUCGCCUCAGCCUACGCAGCCGAUGGGACAGGUGCAGCCCAUGCAUACGGGAUACAUGCCUCAACAGCAGAUGCCCGUUCAGCAACCUAUGCAAACUGGAUUCCAGCAGCCCCAACAACCGCAGCAGACUGGAUUUAUGCCUCAGCAGACCGGUUAUCAGCCCCAGCAGGUGAAUGGCAUGAUGCAGCAGCAGCAGCAACCGCAGAUGUCUGGGUACCAGCCUCAGCAGCAGCAGUUCGCGAACGGUGCCGGUAUGCAGCAAUUCCAGCCUCAGCAGCAGCAGCCCAUACAGACGGGCUACCAACAGCCAAUGCAGCAGCCGAUGCAGGCCCCCUCGCCUCUUCCAUCCCAGCCAACAGGUUUCAUGCCCCUUCAGCAACCCAUGCAAACAGGCUUCCAGCCUCAGCAGAAAAUGCGACCAAUGUCCACCGGACUCCCUCAGCCCCUCGUCCCAACGAUACCACAGAUGCCGAUGCAGACGAACCCAAUGGGAUACCAGCCUCAGCAGCAGCAGGUUCCCUUUAUGCCUUCGCAGGCAACUGGGUUCAUGCCUUUGCAGGUUCAGCCAACUGGGUAUCAGGGUGCGCAGCAGACUGGUUUCGGAGGACAGCAACAGCAGCAACCACAGCAGUUUAAGCCGGCGAGCUUCGGGCUUAAGCCGCAACCAACAGGAAGGAGGGCGAAUCUCUCCGCAGCGACACCGCAAAAUCCUUUCGGAUUCUAAGUAUAGGGAUGAAUGUGAUGAGAUAGUAAAGGGAUCUCAUGUGAUGAUCAUGAAAGAUUGUAUGUGGAG